AUGUCUCCGCUCUCACCUAUCGCUCCCCCUAUCCUCCCCUUCGGCUCCCCCCAGCCACAGCAGCUGUUUGGCGUACCGUUUGGUGCCCCUCCUGCUAUCGCUGGCAUCGACCAGAUCCAGCGGAUGCGAGACCAGGACACUAUGCACCACCUGAUGGUCGAGCCGACACAUUCCAAGUACAUCCACUCGCACCUGGCUAAAGUGCACGCGUCUGGGCGACGGAGCGCUGUGCUGGAUAUUGGCAGUGGCACAGGCAAGUCGCAUACCUUUCCCGGACAGGACCACCUCAUUCCGGCUCAGCUAACCUCCGCUUCAUCAUCUACCACCACCUUUCCGCUCGCCCUCAUCAAUCAAUCACAAUAUGCUGUACUCCGCUUUCCUCGGCCCCGUCAUUCUCGGAUGUGGAACCAAGCAGGCAGUUGGGCCACCGCACUGGCCAACACGGAGCCCUUUGCCGACGUCGUCGCCAUAGCUGCCGACUGGAAACCCUUUGUGCGUCAGCGAAUCAUACAUGGCAACCUCGACGUCUCUACCGUGGAUAUCAACCAACAUCUGCCGUACCCAUCUGGCUCUUUCGAUAUCAUCCAAGUCAAGUCGCUUGCCCGCUCACACCGCCAAUAUCCCAUUCUCGUCGAAAGGCUCAUCCGACUCCUCCGUCGCGGCGGGCUGCUUAUCCUCGUGGAGAGUCAUACUUGCUACGAAAACCCAACGGGAAUGGGUUUGCCGACUUGUUUGAGGACUUGGGAUGCAAGUGUAAGGUCGGCCUUGGCUGCUCAGGGAUACGAUGCGAGAAUGGCUAGCAAGCUGCCUUUCCUUGUCAGAGGUGCUGGUGUCUUCGGCAAUACGGCGUUCGUCCAAGAGAUCGGUAUCCCCACUACCAGCUAUCCUCAGCAAGGCAUAAACAACAUCGCCCAAGCCGGUGCACUCCACGCCCGCACGCUCCCCGCCGAGAUGUCUUCCUUCAUGCCCCUCUUGAGGCAGCAUGGAUACGACGAGAGAGCCAUUCAAGCGAUGAUUGAUGAGUGCCUGCAUUGUUUGCUCAAUCCGCAAGCCCGAUUCUUGCAGAGACUCGUGGCGGUGUAUGCCUUCAAGAUGGUCUGA